GUUCGGCCGGGGAAUACGAGAGUCAGACUGCCUGCCCACAUUCACUAUAAAUGCCUGGACGAGACAUAUCUACUGCCUCACUAAACAUAUUUUGAAAAUGUCUCCUAUCAAUCCAGAGUGGGAUGAAUUUCUCAAGAAGAAUCCUCGCCUCCGCCAUGAUGAUGACCAGCGAAACGAUCUUUUCUAUGCAAGCCCGGCUGGCCACGCUCUUGCUACCCAGGUCUCAGUAACGAAUACCACAAUUCCAGCCCGUGAUGAGCAUCAAAUCCCUAUCCGUAUCUAUACUGCCAAGGAAAAUAGAGAUUGCCGUGGUGUUGUCAUUUUCUUCCACUCUGGAGGGUUUACUAGCGGUUCCUUAGAGACAGAGGACGCAUCUUGUCGAUACAUGGCCCUCAAUACUCCAGUUACAGUGAUCAGUGUGGAAUACCGCUUGAGUCCAGCAAAUCAAUACCCUAUUCCCAUGAACGACGGAAUAGACGCAUUUCAAUACAUCGAGAGAAACAUAGAACAGUUUAUCACACAAUCUACUGAUCCCGUUAAGGUACUGGUCAGUGGGACCUCUUCAGGAGGUCAUCUAGCAGCAAUCGUUUCCCAGAAUGCACCCAGCUGGUUCCAGCUGCCCGAGAAUGAGAGGCCGGCCAAGCAGGUCCACCUAAGUGGCGUCCUACUUCGUGCCCCGGUGACCGUUAACGCAAUGGAUGAUGGUGCCCUAAUUCCUCCUAAGUAUAGGGACAUUCAUCAAUCCUGGAUGAUGCAGUAUCAUGGAGCGGACUUGAACCGGAUGAGUAUGACGUAUAACCAUGAUUCACUAGGUGUUCCUUCUAAUGAGAAGACCUGUCCUGAGGCAUACCCACUUUGGGGCAACCUUGCUGGCCUGCCAAAAACCUACAUCCAAAUUUGCGAACUGGAUAUUCUUCGGGAUGAUGCAGUUUGCUACGCUCGUGGACUUCAAGAGGCUGGGGUUGAAGUCAGGCAGGAUUUCUACGAGGGCCUCCAUCAUAUAUUUUGGAUCUAUGGCCAGGAGUUGGGUGUUUCGAGAUGGGCGCAAGAGGACUGCGUUCGGGGCUUGAAAUGGUUACUUGAUAUUUUGGAUGAUGAUGAGGAUUAGCUUAAAACAGUCCUAUCUGUUUCCAAUAAUACUAUUUUAUAUCACCA